CUUUGGCUGACCACAGAGCGCGCGAUUGUCAUUUUUAGAGAGUCGAUCGCUUCCAUCCAAUAACGAGCCGAUAGAAAGGCUGCGGUCUCCUCUCGGUCGGAGCAGCGGCCUCUCCAGUAGCACUCCCUCGUUUGCUCCGAGGCCUGAAUCCAAUCGGGGCCCUCCAUCGCCAUCAGCAGCAGUUGAGCGCCCUCGUCGGCUACUGUCUCCAAAUGAAGCUUCGAGUGGAGCCUCGGCCGAAACCAAACCGAUUCAUGAAAGCCCAUCUGCCGGGGACAACCAAAAUCAUCACGGCAGCAGUGUUGCAGAAGGACCCCGAACAAAGUCCGGCACCGGAGUCUCCUCCGAGACACCCGACUGGAGCGUUGGAAAUGCAACACCAUCCCGGCCGCCUUCCGACAAGGCACCAUCGACCACUAUGGACUCUCUGGAACGACAAUCGGCGGGCGGAUUGCUUGUGUCAGCCCCAUCGGAUAGCAAAACAGACGCGAAGGUGGCCGAGCCUGGCGCAUCGCACCCUUCGUCAGUCUUGUCUGAAAAGAAGAAGGAGGCAAAGCCCAGGCAGGACCCGACUCUACCAAGGCCCAAAGACAACCGACACAUCUCGAAACGAUCGCUCCUACCGUGUGUCGAUGCCCUGACAGUCAUCCAGUCGACAUCGGCCCACUACAUAUCAUUCGAUACAGCUGUGUCUGGAGGCAAGCGUCCGAAUGGCUUCGCAAUUGAGUCGAUAGACCUGGAAUAUCCAGGGAUCGACGCUGUCGAGAAAUUCCCCCUGGUUGUGCCCACUAAACUCGGCGAAUACAACCCAACCCAUGAUAUUUACACGACAACUCAGAUGAUUGUCGAGUUUUGUAUUCCGAAGGAGCACUCAUCCAAGUUUGGGGAUACAAAACAUGGAACUCUGCGCAAGAUCAUCAAGUCUUGCCAUCGGAGGAACGUCCAGGAUCUACGUGACGGCGUUGCUGCGUUCAACGCGCAGCUCAGGGAACUCAAGAAGCAGGGCUUGUUUGAGAGAUGCGAGGGGCUCGGCGGCGCUGCAUCGCCCAAGCUGGUGUCGCACAUACUGGAUCAAGCAUAUGCCCGCUCGGUCGCGCCAUACUCCAACCACCUGAAUAACUAUCGAGAGUUUUCAAACAAUGUCUACGGUGAGGUCAAGCACUCACUCGUCAGCGAGAUCAUCGACCGGGCCAAGAUCCAGCCCCACCAUGUGUUCCUGGAUAUGGGCAGUGGUAUUGGAAAUGUAGUGCUCCAGAUCGCCGCACAGUGUCUUUGCGAGUCGUACGGGAUCGAAGUGAUGCCGAUUCCAAGUAAGCUCGCAAAGAAACAGUGCAAGGAGCUGCUGUCGAGACUCCGCUACUAUGCAAAGCCCUGUGGCAAAAUUACUUUGAAGCAAGGAGACUUUCUCGAGGACCCAGAGAUCCAUGAUGUGAUCAGGCGAGCUGACAUCAUUUUCGUCAACAACUAUGCCUUUGAUGCCCAACUGAAUCAGAGAAUUCUCCACAAGUUUCUGGAUCUCAAGGACACUGCCAAGGUCGUUUCGCUCAAGAACUUUGUGCCAAUCGAUCGGAAAGUGAGUCUGCGGCGAAGCAAUGCCAUCGAGUCAAUAUUCAGCAUUGAGGAGCACUACUUUGCUCGGGACAGUGUCUCCUGGACAAACGAGGGCGGUCGAUACUUUAUCCACACAGUCGAUCGGGCCUCGCUCGGAGAGCUUCAUAAGCAGCUAUAGGCCGCAUGCAUAUUGCCAAGUUGGUCUGGCAGUCGGCAGGAACACCUUCCGAGCCGUGUGGCACUGCUCAUGGUUUGCACAUAUGAAGGAGGCCGGGAGAGCAGCGCUUCAUCCAACUGUAGCCGGGGCAACAAGAUGACUCUCGCCCCUACUGCUCUCUCUAGCAUGAAGUGAUAUGCUCUUCGGUUGCUGCGACAGCUCGCGCAACUAUAAUGAGAAAAAUCGUCCUUGAACAGGCUACAGCGCAUCGCAUCGGGGUCCUACUGAUGAAGGCUCGCGCAGCGAAAGGGGACAUUCAGUUUCUAGGUCAAUGGUCCGCUUUCCGAUCUUCAAUACACACACACGCACAUGCACACCUG